AUGGUGCUGUUCUCCGCCGUCUACUCGCCAACACGUCUAAGAACGGCGGACGAAACUUCGCAGCCGGGGAAGCACCAUUCAGCUCUCAGUGCUGUUACACAAGCACACCAACAACCGACUGACCAGACUCAACCAAACACAGAAUCAACCGAUAUUCCAAAAACAAUAUGCUGUGGUGAUUUUUCAAUUGAUACGGGUUUGCAACAACCAAACUGUCCAGCAAAACCAUACAGUAAAAUGGCCUCAAUGUGCUUUCCGUUUUCCUCCGAUCCAAAGGAGUGCGGAGGGUCGUUUGCUAAUCCCGAUGUGUAUACAAGUGCUGGUUUGGUUGCCAACGGUUACGCACGGUUUCGAACACACUUCUGGAUCGAUCGCGCCCUAGUGUGGUUAACGGUGUUAAUUCCGGUCGUCGAAGCUUUGGGAUUAAUUGCAUUGCAUGCCAUUUUGGGUGUGGCUCGAUGUGUUCCCAAGACGAUGCAGGCUGAGGCGGACACCCGACACAUGAAGGACUUCUUUGAUCGCGCAUGCGGUUUACAGCUGACGUCGAACGUGCUCAAGGGCGAUGUUUAUCAAACAGAACUUUCCUCUAACCUCGGUACUGUUCAACUCCAACACGAGUGCUACCCUUUCAUUUUAUUAAUGGUUGCUGUGGCAAUGUGGCUUCCACACUACCUCUACCAUCGUGCCGUGGAUAAGACUGCUCGGAGAGAUCUUUGCUUGGUACGCUCAGAACUCCAUAGCUUUCGACGAGCAGUUGGACAAGAGUUGAACUACCUCCAAGCUAUGAGUACGGCCUCCAUGGAGGGCGUCCCGACAACGGCACUGUUCUCCCCUGGAUCCACUAUACCUCAAGCACAAACACUACCGGCAACAGUAGUCCGCCACGCGACGCAUGCAGGACCUCCGGCAUUUAUGCAGCAGGUUCCAAACAGUGGACGGACGACCGCCGCUACUGUUGGUGGUACGUCACUUUUAUCGCAAACUCCAGCACCCACUGUCAUUCCAGCACUACAGCCCCAAACUGCCACUAUGGUUACCAAUCGUGGGGCCCUGUUGCCCCAAGCAGCCGCAGAUCCAUCUCCAACUGCGCCGGCGCUGAACUAUGGUGAUGCAGACUUCUCGGCUCCCGGCCUAUUAGACUUGCCUUGCUUCCACGCUUGCCACGCAGACUGGUCAUUGAACACCUAUUUGAGUGCUUGGCAAAACACGGAUUUCUACUGGCGUCGCUACCUAGCUAAACAUGUUGUGUUAGCAACAUUUCAAGUACUCACCACGGCGAUUAUUUUUCUACUAAUAGGACUACAUAAAGGAGCCUUAUUCACACCCCUCUUCCACUGCAAACUUGGCAUACACGGUAACAUGGUACCGGCCGUCUGUAUGCUUCAGACAACCUUCAUUUUGAAUAUGUCCUUUCUCUGCUGGGGUUGUUUUGCUCUUUCCGGUCUCUCCCUACAGCUGGCAUACUUCUACUCAAACUUUAUUCGAAUAUUCGGUACCCAUAGUGGCCGUUACUUUGGUGUGACCAGCCGGCCAACAACAUUCAUUACUGGAUUGGACGAGACAGGACGAUGUUUCUUUGCUGAUUACAUUCGUCUUCUGGCCUACACCGCAUUUCGAGAUACGCAGUGUGAAAUACGAAACUUGUCUGUCAGCUACUCUCCUGAGUUGUAUCGUUCAGACUUUCAUUUUAUCUCGCUACUUUGUACAGAAAACUCUCACCUCCUUCCCGACGCUAUCCAUAUUCACUUUUGGACGGAACGUUAUGCUCGACUUUGUAGAAGACGUUUUCGGCGUCCCUAUUGGGCUAUGCGUCGAGGAAGUCUGGGGCAUUUGGUUCGGUGUGAGGACCUCUCAAUGCGUUUCAACUUCAGCAAAAUUUCUGUCAAAGUUGAGGUGAACGAUUUCGGUUUUUAA